GCGUAUUUCUCGUGACGCCCCCCGUCCCUGCAACGCAAUAUACGCUACCCCCACUUCAUUAUUGUAGAGAGAGAAAAAGAGAGAGAGAGUGGAGGGAAAUGAUGAUGUGGGAAGGUGGUGGAGGAUCGGCGACGUCGCCGCCGGCUGGCGGCGGCGGUGACGGAGGAUCAGGAGGUGGUGGAGGGAGUAUUAGUGGGAGGAGGAAGCCGUCGUGGAGGGAGAGGGAGAAUAACCGGAGAAGAGAGCGGAGGAGGAGAGCCAUAGCUGCUAAGAUAUAUUCCGGGCUGAGAGCUCAGGGGAACUACAAUCUCCCUAAGCACUGCGACAACAACGAGGUUCUCAAGGCUCUCUGUCAUGAAGCUGGCUGGACCGUCGAGCCCGACGGCACCACUUAUCGCAAGGGAUGCAAGCCAACUCCGAUGGAGAUUGGAGGAACUUCAGCCAACAUUACGCCGAGUUCUUCCCGGAAUCCCAGCCCGCCGUCGUCCUACUUCGCCAGUCCGGUGCCGUCGUACCAGCCUAGUCCGCUGUCCUCCUCCUGCCCAAGUCCGACUCAUCACGGCGGCGACAAGAUGCCACCGCAUCCAUUUGCGUUUCUGCGCAGUGCCAUUCCCUCGUCACUGCCUCCUCUGAGGAUAUCAAGCAGCGCUCCGGUAACCCCGCCGAUUUCCUCCCCCACCAGAGCUCCUAAACAGAUUUUCAACCUGGAAACCUUGGCCAAGGAAUCCAUGUCCGCCUUCAACAUCCCGUUCUUCGCUUCCGCCCCCACCAGCCCAACCCGCGCCCACCAGAGAUUCCCCGCCACCAUCCCUGAAUGCGACGAGUCCGACACCUCCACCAUUGAUUCCGGCCACUGGAUGAGCUUCCAGAAAUAUGGGCCCAACAUGGUCCCAACCUCCCCAACUUUUAAUCUCAUGAAACCUGUUAAUCCUCAGCGCAUCCCCUCCAACGAUGCCAUGAUGUUGGAUAAUAAUAAUAAGGGGAAAAGCGUGGACUUUGGGUUCCAGAAUAAUGUAGCAGUGAAGGCGUGGGAAGGGGAGAGGAUUCACGAGGUAGGAUUGGAUGAUCUUGAGCUCACCCUCGGCAGCGGAAACACUCGCAUAUGAUUCUGCAGAUCAGAUCUUGCAUCCUAGUUCCUAGUAGAGGAUUGAUUCUUGUGCGAUUUCUUUCUUUUAACUUUGGUUAAUCAAAAGACCCUCUUCAAAUAUUUCUGGGUCUUUCUUCAUCUUCAUCUUCUUCUCUUCUGGUGCAAUGUUAGACGCAGAUAUAUGGAAAUUAUUGUCUCUUGCUGUUGAAACUUUGGAAGUGUCAA